GCCACCAAAUAUGUCCCAAAUGGCAUCAUUCGAGUAUCUAAAAAUAGCACCAUUCUCCACAUCUCUCUCUUCUCUGUCCUUUCAUUAACAGAAAAAAACCAACCCCAUUUCUCCAUACUUUAUACUCUCUAAAGAACCCUUUAAAGGGUGUCCAAUUCUUCCAUUUUCUUGAAAUUUCAUAAACCCUUUGUGCAUUUUUGUUGCCAUUUUCUCUUCUUUUUCACCAACUCUUUGAUCUUGCCGGAAUACCCAUUUUCCGGCAGGUCAAAGGGGUGGUGAAUUCAUCAUUUCCUUGGAAAUUUGAUUUCUUUACGUACCUGGGUUGGUGUUUGAUUUUGAUAUACAUUUCCCACAAAAAAAAUUAAAAAUUUUGAACUUUAUACCAACUUUUUUAGGUCAAAGGGGUGGUGAAUUUCAAUUCUUUAUCUGAGUUGGUGUUUAAUUUUGAUAUACAUUUCCAAGAAAAAGAAUAAAAAUUGGAACUUUAUACCAAUUUGUAUAUAUAGAGAUUUCAAGAAUUGAUAUUGAGAAAAGGAGGUGGUGAUGGAGGUGAUUUCUGCUAUGAAUCCAAUAAGCAAUGUAUUGGAAAGAGUUGGGGUUUAUGGGUUUGUAGGGAGCAGCACAAAGGGGUGCAAUAAUGAAUUUCAAGAUGAAGAAUAUGAUACAAUGGAAAUGGUGCAAAUUGGUGCUGAAAGGACCAAAAAUGUGCUUAUUUUGAUGAGUGAUACAGGAGGUGGACAUAGAGCUUCAGCUGAGGCGAUUCGCGAUGCUUUCCAUUUGGAAUUUGGGGACGAGUAUAAUAUAUUUGUGAAGGAUGUUUGGAAGGAAUACACUGGUUGGCCAUUGAAUAGCAUGGAACAACAAUAUAAGUUCAUGGUUAAACAUGUGCAACUUUGGAGAGUUGCAUUUCACAGCACGUCCCCUCGGUGGAUACACUCUGCUUAUCUUGCUGCCAUUGCCGCCUUCUAUGCCAAGGAGGUAGAAGCUGGUUUGAUGGAGUAUAAGCCAGACAUAAUCAUUAGUGUUCAUCCUCUUAUGCAACAUAUUCCUUUGUGGGUUCUAAAAUGGCAAGGCCUACAAAAGAAAGUAAUCUUUGUCACAGUUAUUACAGAUCUUAGUACUUGCCACCGUACAUGGUUUCACCCUGGAGUCAAUCGAUUGUAUUGCCCUGCUGAGGAGGUAGCAAAAAGGGCUUUACUUGAUGGAUUGGAAGAAUCUCAAAUACGCGUUUUUGGGUUGCCUAUUCGUCCCUCUUUUUGCAGGGCAGUUCUUUCCAAGGAUGACCUCAGAGUAGAGCUUGAGAUGGAUCCUACGUUGCCCGCAGUGUUGCUGAUGGGUGGAGGUGAAGGGAUGGGACCCGUGAAAAAAACUGCAAAGGCUCUCGGAGAAGCUCUUUUCGACAAAGAAAUGGAGAAACCUAUUGGUCAAAUGGUUGUCAUAUGUGGACGUAAUGAAGAGCUAGCAUCCACAUUACAAUCACUCGAAUGGAACAUCCCGGUCAAGAUUAAAGGAUUCCAGAAGCAGAUGGAGAAGUGGAUGGGUGCAUGUGACUGUAUUAUUACAAAGGCUGGACCUGGUACAAUUGCAGAAGCAUUAAUCAGAGGGCUUCCAAUUAUCCUCAACGACUACAUUCCUGGACAAGAAAAGGGAAACGUUCCAUACGUUGUGGACAAUGGAGCUGGUGUUUUCACGCGAAGUCCUAAGGAAACAGCCCGAAUUGUUGCAGAGUGGUUUAGCACUAAGAGCGAUGACCUCAAAACAAUGUCAGAGAAUGCACUAAAACUCGCACAACCUGAUGCAGUUUUCGACAUUGUGAAGGACAUUCACGAGCUCGCAUGCCAGAGGGGUCCUCUUGCCAACAUUCCUUACGCGUUCACAUCUUCAUUUUCAAGCUUAAUUUAACCAGAUAGAUUCUGUUUUUCUUUCACUACAAGGUCUAAGGUUUGUUCUAGUAGUAUAUUAUGUAAAUUAGGUUCAAUGAUCUUCAUUCUUUUGCCAGAAUCGUUUGGCGCUCAUUUAUAAUAUGUUAGAUUAUCUAGACAAAUUCUGAUCCUUGGUUAGUUGGAAAAAAAGGGCAAAAAAAGGGAGAAGUUUCUCAUGUUGGAGUGUUGAAUACAUUCUUUUAGUAUUAAGAUUACUUGUCUUUUAGGACCUGUUUGAGGUUGCUUCAGAAUUGAAGAAGUUAACUGUCCUGCAAAAGUUGAUAUUAUCAGUG